AUGACAUCCACCAGCCAACACUACGAUCACGAGAAGACUACCGAAAACGCCAAUCGUGGGCUCAUUGCAAAACUAGAUCCUUGUAUUAUCAAAGACCGCAAUGGCCGUGUUGUCUGGGAUAACGACGCGUACGACUUUUUGUCCGCGCCUUGUCCGGACACAGCAAAUCCUAAACUAUGGCGACAAGCACAACUUGUUGCCCUACAGGGUCUUUUCAAAGUCACCGACGGCAUAUACCAGAUCCGAGGUCUGGAUCUCUCAAAUAUGACAAUCAUCGAAGGUGAUCGCGGGAUCGUGGUGGUGGAUCCUCUCACUUCCGCCGAAUGUGCAGAGGCCGCUCUCAACCUAUACUACGAACAUUUCGGCAAGAAACCAGUUUCGGGAAUGAUCUAUACGCACUCCCACGCUGAUCACUUUGGGGGCGCGAAAGGGAUAUUCGCAGAAAAUGAAGCCAGCUCUGUGCCAAUCCUAGCACCUUAUGGGUUUCUCGAGCACGCUGUCGCAGAAAAUAUCUAUGCGGGCAAUGCGAUGGCUCGAAGAGCUGCGUUCAUGUAUGGUGAUCAGUUACAGAAAGGACCUUCUGGUCAGAUCAGCUGUGGCUUGGGGGCCACUGUAUCAGCAGGAACAGUGACCCUGAUUGCACCCACUGUUGAUAUUACUCACACCGGUCAGGUAGAAGUGAUUGACGGAAUAGCUUUUGUAUUCCAAGUCACCCCCGGGACAGAGGCACCAGCGGAGAUGAACUUUUUCCUUCCUCAGUAUCGAACGCUGUGCGUUGCAGAGAACGCGACACAGUGCCUUCACAAUAUUGCUACUCUUCGUGGAGCUGCUGUCCGAGAUGCUCUUGCAUGGUCUUCGUACUUGGAUGAAACUAUUGUUCUCUAUGGUGAGAAAUCGGAUAUCGUUUUUGCUUCUCAUCACUGGCCUACAUGGGGCCAGGAUGCUAUUAUCGAAUAUCUCACGUUGCAGAGAGAUCUCUACGCAUUUCUGCAUGAUCAGACCUUGCGCAGAAUGAAUGAUGGGCUGACUGGCAUUGAAAUUGCCGAAGAGAUGCAGCUUCCCGUUCGGCUGCAAAAUGCAUGGCAUGCCCAAGGAUUCUAUGGAUCUGUCAGUCAUAACGUGAAGGCAAUUUACCAGCGUUACAUGACAUGGUUCGACGGAAACCCGGCACAUCUAUGGGAACAUCCGCCGGUUGAAUCAGCCAAACGCUACGUCGAUUGUAUGGGCGGUGUUGACGAGGUGAUUGAAAAGGCAAAUACCUUUUCCGAGAAAGGGGAUCUACGAUUUGCCGCCACGCUUCUCAAUCAUGCCGUCUUCGCAGACCCUGGAAACAAAAAGGCCAAAGAGUUGCUAGCCUCAACUUACGAGAAGCUGGGACAUGGGUGUGAGAAUGGUCCGUGGCGGAACUUUUACAUCUCUGGAGCGACUGAGCUACGGGGUUAUGUACCAGAAGGAAACGUGCUUUCUGGUCAAACAGGAAUGGCUGAGACGUUGUCACUUCAACAACUAUUUGCAUCGGUCGCUGUUCGACUGGAUGGCAGCCGGGCACAAGAAGGGAACUUCAUCAUCGACCUCUACGUGUCGGACCGAGACGAGCACUGUCGCUUAAUUAUCAGUAAUGGUGCUUUGAUCCACAGGACCAGGCAGCGUGUUCGUGAAGUAUCUUCAUCGGAAACGGUGGAUUUCUCAUGCUCCCUUACCUAUCUUCAGUUAAUGCAGAGUUUGGCUGCCGGGAAAGCCGAGGCUUUCAGUAAUGAGCAAGGAGAGCGUUCUUAUCUGGACCGGCUGCUUUCUCUCCUGGUCACUCCGAACCCAUCGUUCAAGAUUGUUACUCCAUAA